GGAUCCUCGCCCCGGACCCCAGCGGGUGGAGCUUCUGCCCCUGCUGGGGGAUUCCCCCAUCCCUGCCGUGAUUGCCGUGAUGCAGGGAGAGGAAGGGCCUUGUGUCCCGGAUCUCCAGGGUGCUGAGGAACAGGAGAGCCUGAAAGGUUCCUGCAAAGGUGGCAGGAUGGAUGAGGAGAGUUCCCUGCAGCAUGGGCCUGUGGGAGCAGAUCCAGAUGGGGCAUCACCCGAUGAGGAUGCUUCCGUGGGAGAAGAGCCACAUGGGAUGCUGCCUGGUGGGAAUGAGUCCAUAGAAGAGAACCCAGAUGGGGCAUUGUCUGAUGAGACUUUAUCCCAGGUUCCAGCCCUGCGGCAAACCUCUGAGCACUCUCCUGGCUCACAAAACCCUUCAGCCUUGGAAUCUCAGUGGGAAAAGCCCCCAGGGCUGCCUCUCCCAUUGGCACCCACUCAGCCCAGACCAGCCCCCAAGAAACCCCCUUACCGCGAGGCACACCCGACCAUCUGCAGCGAGUGUGGGAAGAGCUUCACCCGGAGCUCCCUGCUGGCCCAGCACCAGCGGGUGCACACAGGGGAGCGGCCCUACCAGUGCACUGAGUGCGGGAAAAGCUUCAGCCGCAGUUCCACCCUUAUCCAGCACUGGAGGACCCACACGGGGGAGCGGCCCAAUAUGUGCACCGAGUGCGGGAAGGGAUUCAGCCAGCGCUCCGACCUGGUGAAGCACCAGCGCACCCACACCGGGGAGCGCCCCUACCAGUGCCCCGACUGCGGUCAGAGCUUCAGCCGCAGCUCGGACCUCAUCAAGCACCAGCGCAUCCACACCGGGGAGCGGCCCUACAUCUGCCCUGACUGCGGGAAGGGCUUUAGCCGCAGCUCUGACCUCUUCCAGCACCAGCGCACCCAGCGCGGCGAGAAACCUUACAAGUGCACCGAGUGCGGGAAGAAGUUCAGCCGCAGCUCCAACCUCAUCCGCCACCAGCGCACCCACACGGGCGAGAGGCCCUACGUCUGCCCGGACUGCGGGCGCGGCUUCUCCCAGAACUCCCACUACACGGACCACCAGCGGAGCCACCGCCGUGAGAAACCCUACCACUGCACCCAGUGCGGCAAGGACUUCGGACGCAGCUCCACCCUGGUCAAGCACUGGCGCACACACACCAGGGAGAUCUUGUGAGCCUGGGGCAGAGGGCGGGACCUUCAACUCUCCAGUCGUGGACCAGGAAUCCCAACGUGGCCUCCUGGGGAACUUGACUCAGUGUUGCCCCCAGGGUCAGCUUGAGAUGUCAUCCACCAGUCGAGUCAAUGCUCUUCUUCUGGGGAACUUGACCCAAUAUCUCCCUCAGGGUCAGCUUGGGUUUGUGGUGCCACUAGUCACCGCUGGUCCCUUGGAGAAUUUGAUACAGUGUAUUAUCCAGGGUCAGCCUGAUUAACAGUGUUACGAGUCAAUGCUCUUCUCCUGGGGGAUUUGAAACAAUGUCUCUAGCAGGGUCCAUCUGAUACAAUGUUUCCAGUGGGAUCACACAUACCUCUUAACCUGGCACAUUUGAUACAAUGUUUCCACCAGGGUCAUUUCUCCUUUCCGUAAAUAAUUCGAUUCAAUGUUUCUAAGAGAGUCAAUUCUUCCCUGGAGGGUAGGCCAGGGUUCCUUUGAUGCAAUGUCUCCUUCCUUGGGUGCAUUGAUACAUUGUCUCCAAUAGAGUCACUCUUCCUCUUUUCAGAGAACUUGGUACAAUGUUUCCACCAUUGUCAAUUCUUCUGGCCUGGUUGCUUUGAUACAACUGUAUCCAAGAGGGCCAGUUCUUCGCAAGUGAUAUCUCUAGACCAAGAUCAGUGUGAUACAAUGUCUCCACUCAAGGUCCAUCCUAACUACUUUGGUGAAUUGAUACAUUGCCUCCAGUAGAGUCAACUCUCUUCUCCCAGGGCAAUUUGAUUCCAGGGUGACCAAUACUCCCCUUGAGGACUGGAUACAAUAGUCAGAUCCUCAGAUGGUGUGAAUUGGCAUGGGUCCACUGCAGUGAAUGGCGUUCUAGUGAUGUAUACCAGGUGAAGAUUUGCCCCAAUGUUUCCAUCAUUAGUUCUUCUUUCUAGGGGGAUUGAAGCCAGGAACCUGAUCCUGCCCUCACUUACAUGGCCAUUUUACAUCAGUAUAAUUCCACUGACAUCAGUGGGGUUGCUCCAGAUUUACACCAAGGUCAGUGGGGUCAGAAUCCAGCUGUAACUCAUCUUCCAUGGAUAUCAGUGGGGUCAUUCCAGAUUCAUACGAGGGCCAGUGAGAUCAGAAUCUGCCUUGACUUCAUUAACAUCAGUGGGUUCCCUCUGGAUUUACACUGAGGUCUCUGAGAUCAGAAUCCAGCCCUAACUCCCUUAACUUCAGUGGAGGAGGUGGGGAUGGUCACUCCAGCUUUAUACCCAUCAUUAACUAGAGAGGAAUCCAGCAUCAGUUCUGGUUUCCUGGAAGACUUGAGGCUGUUUCUGGACUUUCACAAACCUGUCCAUAGAUGACUGGGUAUUUUUACCUUGGAGAAUAAGUAAAUGGGUUAGGAAAUUAGAUGAUGAGGAUUGAAAAGAGGAGGAAAUACAGAAGCAGCAACAGGUAGAUUAUGGUGGAAGGAGGUGUUCUGUGUAUUUCCCUUGGAACAUAUUGGGCAGAGGGAAGGAACCAGAAGCCAAAGCAACCCCUAAAGGGAUCUGUGCUUUAGUGGACAGUUGGUGGAAUAUAAAGAAUAGGGCCCUACCAAAUUCAUGGCCAUGAAAAACACAUCAUGGACCAUGAAAUCUGGUCUUUUAUUUACUUUUACCCUAUACUAUAAAAGUACCCUAUACUAUAGGGUAGAAGUACACAGCAGUACACAGUAUUUCUCAAACUGGGGGUCCUGACCCAAAAGGGGGUGCAAGACUAUUUUGGGGAAUCAUGGUAUUGC